GGCCCUUCAGAAUAACCAGCUCACGGGUUCAAUCCCUGCAGAAAUUGGUUCACUACGUCGUCUAAAAUACCUGUCCCUUGAGAAUAAUCAGCUGACGGGUUCCAUCCCUGUGGAAAUUGGAUCAGUACCAUCUCUCUCAUCGCUCUCUCUCGAUGCCAACAUGUUGUCAGGAUCUCUGCCCUCCUCGAUCACAAAGCUCACUGCUCUUACUUUCCUUUCCCUCUCUAACAACCAACUCACCAACUCCAUCCCCGCUGACAUUGGCUUGCUGACCAAUCUGGUAUCCUU